AUGGAGAAAAUGUCUCUCAAGUUUGUCUUCCUCUUCACCAUCUCAAUCAUAGCAUUUUGUUUUUUGGUUGAUGCAAGAGAGAUGGUGAAUGAAGAAGUGAAUUGCCUCUGUGGAAAAGGUUCUGAUGGAAAGAAGAACUGUGAAGCACCUAUGAUGGACAGUUACGAGACUGAUGUGUCUUGCCGUCGAGACAACGAAUGCAUCGAGUAUUGUCCAAAGGGAUUCAAGAUUGUAAACUGCAACUUUGGAACUUGUUUCUGUGAGCGUUAA